UCCGACCGACGCCACCAGGGGCGGACCGAAGAAGGGCGCAAGCGCACUGCGUCGCCAGGCUCGGGACCCUUUUCCGAGGGACUAUGGCGCUCAACAAGAACCACUCGGAGGGCGGCGGAGUGAUCGUCAACAACACCGAGAGCAUCCUGAUGUCCUAUGACCAUGUCGAGCUUACGUUCAGUGACAUGAGGAAUGUGCCAGAGGCCUUCAAAGGGACCAAGAAAGGCACAGUCUACCUUACCCCAUACCGGGUCAUCUUUCUGUCCAAGGCGAAGGAUGCCAUGAAGUCCUUUAUGAUGCCCUUCUAUCUGAUGAAGGACUGUGAGAUCAAGCAGCCUGUGUUUGGGGCAAACUACAUCAAGGGGAUGGUGAAGGCUGAAGCAGGAGGUGGCUGGGAAGGCUCUGCAUCCUACAAGCUGACCUUUACGUCCGGGGGCGCCAUCGAAUUUGGGCAGCGGAUGUUACAGGUGGCAUCUCAAGCCUCCCGAGGCGAAGCCCCCAACGGAGCCUAUGGUUAUUCUUACAUGCCCAGCGGGGCCUAUGUCUUCCCCCCGCCAGUCGCCAAUGGAAUGUACCCCUGCCCUCCUGGCUACCCCUACCCACCGCCCCCACCUGAGUUCUAUCCGGGACCCCCCAUGAUGGACGGGGCCAUGGGGUACGUGCAGCCCCCACCGCCGCCCUACCCCGGGCCCAUGGAGCCUCCAGUCAGUGGCCCCGAUGUCCCCUCCACUCCUGCAGGGGCAGCCAGAGGCGGCGGGGAGGCCUGUCUCUGGGGCUCAUCCCAAAUGUGCGUCUUCUCACAGCUGAAGCCAAGGCCGCGGAAGCAGCUGCCAGCGCCUAUUACAACCCGGGCAACCCACACAACGUCUACAUGCCCACGAACCAGCCUCCACCACCUCCCUACUACCCCCCUGAAGAUAAGAAGACCCAGUAGACCCCGCCACCCCCUCCUCCUGCCUCCCCUCGCUCUCUCCUCCCCUCCCCUCCCCUUGGGGCUGAGUCGGGGUUGUGGGGCGUGAUGGGAAGGCCUUGUCCUUCCUCCAGCUCUGAUAUAAAACAAUUAUCAGGAACUCGCCUUGAGACAAGGGGGGCCCCUUGACUUGGGGUGGUGCCUCCCAGUUUCCCACACAAGCCCGGAGCCCGCCGGCUUCCUGAGCCGUUCCGUUGAGGGGCGGGGGGGCACCCGCCUCGUCCCCAUCCUGCUCUCGAAGCUUCUGCCCAUGGAGGGACUCUCUGGCCACCUCCUCUGCCGCAGUCCAGCUCUCUGAUUUUGUAGCCACUUUAUCCCCAGCCUCACAAGCCCUGUGAGCUCCCGCCCCCGCCCCAGGCGCCCUGCCAGCUCCCGGCCCCGCCCCAGGCGCCCUGUCAGGCCCCACUCACAUUCCGUCUGCCCUCCUCUGUGCCUGGCUGAGGAGGGCCACCUGCCCGCCGACUGUCCACCUGCAUUCCGUUCCCAGCCGACCUCGUCCCUUCACGCUCACCUUCCCGUCCCUGCCUCGUCCUGGGUCUUCCUCUCGCCUCGCCGCCGGGAGUGGGUGGCCUGAGGGCAGCCGUGGCUGGGGGCAGUGCCCCUCUGCUGCCUCACUGGUCUUUCUGGAAUUUGUUUCCGUUCACCUCUCCUUUCCCUCUAGAAGGGGCCUCUCAGACUGGAACUGGAGAAUGCAUGUCCAUUUGGGGGCCACCGGGUGGGCUGGCAACCAGCCCCCGGGGCCCGGCCUGGACGUUGACCGUGACCUCUUGCCAGCCCCUCAGCUUGCCUUCUUCCCUUUAAGCUUCACGCCUGGUUGGCAAUGUGUCCUCUAGAUGCACUAAAAUUUUGCUCUCACUUGCUCCUGGACUGGCUGUGAAGAGAGGAGAUGGUUAUUUAAAGAGGAUUCCCUAUUUAUUUGACCAAAAAAAAAAAAAUUUCAGUUAAUAUAUUAAUGUGAAAUAAAUCCUGUUUGCACCUUGAUUUGUCUGCUCAAAAUGUGAACUAGUAAAAGUGAAGUGACUGGA